AUGACAGUACACUGACAGCAAUCGACAUUUUUCAAAAUAGCAGUUUUUUACUUUCCACAUUAAUCAAAAAAAUAUGUUACACUUGGUAGCACGUAACUUCCAACUACAGAAAUAGUUAUUAAUUUCGGCGCCUUAAUUAAAGUGUAAAUGUAGUGAUUAGAGCCUAAAUUAUCCCUUACACGUCAUUAGAAUGAUGCCCUUGCACCACCUGAAGGGAAUCAUUGCAGUCUAAUUUCCGUUUUGACGUCGACAAUGCAAUCGAAUUCGAAAACGCGAGAAAUGUUUAUUAUACGCGCGCUAGAAAAGAUACUCAACGAUAAGGAAAUUAAACGUUCGCACCAUUCGCAGCUGAAACGAGCCUGCGAAGCGGCAUUAGAGGAAAUUAAAAGGGAACUGAAGGACUCGGACGGCAAUGAGAAAAUAUCGGAUGCCCUUCCCGUACCGCGCAGUGGGAAUGUCAACCAUUUAACGACCGAGAAGUAUUUUUUACCGUUCGAGCUCGCAUGCCAGAGCAAAUCGUAUCGUAUUGUGGUUACCGCCCUCGACUGUCUACAAAAGUUAAUAGCAUACGGUCACCUGACUGCAAACGUACCGGACUCUACAACGCCCGGCAAACUUUUAAUCGACCGAAUUGUGGAAACUAUCUGUGCCUGUUUUACUGGUCCGCAAACGGAUGAAGGCGUGCAACUGCAAAUAAUCAAGGCACUAUUAACUGUCGUCACGAGUCAACAUGUCGAGGUGCACGAGGGAACGGUCCUGCUGGCGGUACGCACGUGCUACAACAUUUUCCUGGCGAGCAGAAACCUGAUCAAUCAGACGACGGCGCGGGCGACGCUAACGCAAAUGCUAAACGUGAUAUUCAUGCGGAUGGAAAAUCAGGCGUACGAGACCGAGGUGCAUUUGGAGAACGGUUUCGGGAUAAACGACUCGAAGUCGUCGCUCGACGUCACCGACAAGAACGACUCGCUCGACGCCUCCGACUGUUUGGCGAGGGAGGACGCCGAACCGUCCAGUUUUGAUGUGGCCGCCGAGAUCGUCGAUAGUCUCGUGAGCAGCGCGAUCGCAACCGUCGACGAGAUCAAAAUGCAGGAGUCGGGCGCAAAAUCGGAGGGGAGUGUUAAGUCUUUGGAAAGAGUGCCAUCUCAAGAAAGCGUCGACACUCACAGCGAAAACGAUUCGGCGGUGACCGCGAAAUUCACUCAUAUUUUACAGAAAGACGCCUUCUUAGUAUUCCGAGCCCUUUGCAAACUGUCAAUGAAACCUCUACCCGAAGGGACGCCCGAUCCGAAGUCGCACGAGCUAAGAUCGAAGAUCCUCUCCCUCCACCUCCUGCUGUCGAUAUUACAAAACGCCGGGCCCGCCUUUCGAUCGAACGAAAUGUUCGUGACCGCGAUCAAGCAGUAUCUGUGCGUGGCCCUUUCGAAAAACGGCGUCAGCUCGAUACCCGAGGUCUUCGAGCUGUCGCUCGCGAUCUUUUUGGCUUUACUUUCGAAUUUUAAAAUGCAUCUCAAGAUGCAAAUCGAGGUGUUCUUUAAAGAAAUUUUCUUGAACAUCCUCGAGACGUCCAGUUCGUCGUUCGAGCACAAGUGGAUGGUGAUUCAGGCGUUGACGCGUAUAUGCGCGGACGCUCAGAGUGUCGUGGAUAUUUAUGUUAACUACGAUUGCGACCUGUCCGCCGCGAAUCUUUUCGAGCGGUUGGUGAGCGAUCUUUUUCGUACCGCGCAAGGGCGUCAUUCGAUCGAGUUGGGUGCGUCUCCCAAUCAGGAGAGAUCGAUGAAGCUGAGAGGUUUAGAGUGCCUUGUGUCCAUCCUCAAGUGUAUGGUGGAGUGGAGUAAAGACCUUUACGUUAACCCCAACCUUCAGUCGACAGUCGGCGAGCAAGCGCCUAGAGAACCCGAUACAUCAUCGCUGAAAUCGCACGGAGGCUCUACCACCAGUUUGCAGUCCAGCGCCAGUUCCGGCGGUAAUAAGGAGGUGCUCGACUCGCCCGAACAAUUGGAGGUGCUUAAACAGCAAAAGGAGGUGUGGGAAACGGGAAUUGAUAUGUUUAACCGAAAACCUCGGCGCGGCAUCGCGUUCUUACAGGAGCAAAAUUUGCUGGGCACAAGCUACUUUGACGUCGCUAAGUGGUUGCAUACAGAUGAAAGGUUAGACAAGACCUUCAUCGGUGACUUCCUGGGGGAGAAUGACGAAUUCAGCAAGGAGGUAAUGUACGUCUACGUGGACACCUUAAACUUCGCCGAUAUGGACAUCGUGACCGCCCUGAGACACUUCCUGGACGGCUUUCGUCUCCCGGGCGAAGCCCAGAAGAUCGAUCGCCUCAUGGAGAAGUUCGCCAGCCGUUACUGCGAGUGCAAUCCCAACAACGGGCUAUUCGCCAGUGCCGAUACCGCGUACGUCCUCGGUUUCUCGAUUAUAAUGCUAACCACCGACCUGCACUCGCCCCAGGUCAAAACCAAGAUGACAAAGGAACAGUACAUCAGACUAAACCGCGGCAACACCGACAGCAAGGACGUCCCCGAGGAGUAUCUAUCGCAAAUCUACGACGAAAUCGCGGGUCACGAAAUCAAAAUGAAAUCCGUCGUGACCAAGACGGGCAAGCACCCGAUCAACAACGAGAAGAGGCGCAAGAUCCUCUGGAAUAUGGAGAUGGAGGUGAUCUCGACCGCCGCGAAGAACUUGAUGGAAUCGGUUUCGCACGUGCAGGCCCCGUUUACUACCGCCAAACACUUGGAGCACGUACGGCCCAUGUUUAAAAUGGCGUGGACCUCGUUUUUGGCCGCCUUUAGCGUCGGACUACAGGACUGCGACGAUCCCGAGGUCGCCUCUCUCUGCCUGGACGGAAUACGUUGUGCCAUAAGAAUCGCGUGUAUCUUUCACAUGUCUCUGGAACGGGACGCCUACGUGCAAGCACUGGCUCGGUUUACGCUACUGACCGCGAACUCGCCGAUCAUGGAUAUGAAAGCCAAAAAUAUUGAUACGAUCAAGACGUUGAUCACGGUUGCGCACACCGACGGAAAUUACUUGGGGAACAGCUGGUUGGACAUCUUAAAGUGUAUUUCGCAGUUGGAGUUGGCCCAACUCAUCGGCACGGGUGUUAGGCCUCAAUUUCUCGCGGGGCCCGGGCAUAAACCUCCCGAUCCCAGUUCGAAGGAACACAUAGGACAAACGAGCUCUCAAAGUGUUGUGGUUGCCGUUGAUCGUAUUUUUACAGGUUCUACCCGACUUGACGGGGACGCCAUCGUGGAUUUCGUUAAGGCGCUCUGUCAGGUAUCCCUGGACGAGUUGGCAUACCCCGGACACCCUCGAAUGUUUUCCCUCCAAAAGAUCGUCGAAAUUUCCUACUACAACAUGGGACGUAUACGUCUGCAGUGGUCUCGAAUUUGGCAGGUGCUCGGCGAACAUUUUAACGCGGUCGGAUGUAAUCCGAGCGAGGAUAUAUCGUUCUUCGCCGUCGAUAGCCUGCGACAGCUAUCGAUGAAGUUCAUCGAAAAGGGAGAGUUCGCCAACUUCAGAUUUCAGAAGGACUUUCUGCGACCGUUCGAGCACAUCAUGAAGAAGAACGUCUCGCCCACAAUUAGGGAUAUGGUCGUGAGGUGUAUAGCGCAGAUGGUAAACUCGCAGGCGAAUAACAUUAAGUCCGGAUGGAAGAAUAUAUUCUCCGUGUUUCAUUUGGCAGCUAGCGAUCAGGAGGAGGCAAUCGUCGAGCUUGCCUUCCAAACGACGGGGAAGAUCAUAACCGAGCUAUACGGGAGACAAUUUUCGGCGAUGAUUGAUUCCUUCCAGGAUGCCGUCAAGUGCCUGUCCGAGUUUGCGUGCAAUGCUCGGUUUCCCGAUUUGAGCAUGGAGGCGAUACGGUUGGUGCGAACCUGUGCCUUGAGUGUUAAUGGCGCUCCGCAACUUUUUGCUGAGCAUGCAGGAAUGGAGAACGACGUAACCAUACCGGAGGAGGAUCGCGUCUGGGUUCGAGGUUGGUUCCCUCUCCUCUUCUCACUGUCCUGCGUGGUAAAUAGAUGUAAACUGGACGUGCGCACGCGUGCGCUCACCGUACUGUUCGAAAUAGUCAAAACCUAUGGCGAUUCCUUCAGUCCGCAUUGGUGGAAAGAUCUGUUCAAAGUAUUAUUUAGAAUUUUCGACAACAUGAAGCUACCCGAACAGUACACGGAGAAGGCCGAAUGGAUGACGACGACCUGCAAUCACGCGCUCUACGCCAUCGUCGACGUUUUCACGCAGUACUUUGACGUUCUCGGUCCUUUACUGUUAGAGGAGUUGUACUCGCAGCUGCACUGGUGCGUGCAGCAGGAGAACGAACAGCUGGCGCGCUCGGGCACAAACUGCCUAGAGAACUUGGUCAACUCCAAUGGGCACAAAUUCAACGAAUCCACUUGGGAUAAGACCUGCCAGUGUAUCCUUGACAUUUUCAAUUCGACCGUGCCAUCCCAACUUCUGACAUGGAAGCCGGACUCCUUCCAGACGACGGCCGUAAUUGAGCAAAAUGGCGACAUCGGCGCCAGGCACGGAAUCCUCAAGCGUGGUGCUCACAUGCACGACAGCAACGCGGACUCGUAUUCCUUAUUCAAUGCGUUGAUGAUAAAAAGCGUGGUCCAGCUGGAGCUCAUACAGACGAUCGACAACAUCGUAUUUUACCCGGCGACGUCGCGGAAGGAGGACGCGGAAACGUUGGCGUUAGCCGCCGCCGACAUGACCGGAAGCGUCACUCUGACCGAGUGCCAACGCGAAGAGCAGGGAAUGUAUCGACUGUUGAGCACCAAACAUCUGAUUCAGUUAACCGAUUGCCUGCUUCAGUCGCAUCGUUUCGCCAAAGCGUUUAAUGCCGACCACGAGCAGCGCAAUCUCCUAUGGAAGGCCGGUUAUAGGGGGUCGGUCAAGCCGAACUUGUUAAAGCAGGAGACGCAGAGUCUGGCGUGCUUACUCAGGAUACUGUUCAAGAUGUACGGCGACGACGGACGGACCGCUCAUUGGCCUUUGAUUCAGAGCAGAUUAAUCUCGGUGUGCCAAGAGGCCUUAGAAUACUUCCUGCAAUUGCAAAGUGAGGCGCAUCGCGAUGCGUGGACCUCUCUCUUACUUUUGGUACUUACUCGCAUACUGAAAAUGCCGGACGAUAGGUUUGCCGCGCACAUUUCGAGUUACUAUCCCCUCCUAUGCGAAAUAGUGUGCUUCGAUUUGAAGGCGGAGCUUCGUUCCAUCCUGCGGAGGGUCUUCUUGCGAAUCGGACCCGUCUUUCGUAUCACCAAUACGUAAAUAAAACCCUUCUCUUUUUUUUACACUUUUUUUAAUGCUAGUGUAAGUAGUACUGUGGUUAUUUUCUUAACUUAUUUAUGACGGGCGAUGGCGAUCUUUGGUGGUCGCCACCCUACAUAACCGUAGCGUAUAGUAUGGAAUCAGUUAUUGUGAUGAUAUGUAUAGUAUAUGAUAGAUAAUGUAAAAUAAAGCUGUGUAUAAAUUGUUAUUUUAUAAAUUAAAAGUUUUGAUUAUCUUGUUGAUUUUGACUUUGAAAGGUCUCAAAUCGUCUCGUAUAAAGUAUCACUAGUCAAAAUCUUGAUGCUUUUAGGGAUCAUCGCACAGUUUUAUUACCUACAAUAGCUUAAAAAUGAAUGUUGAUAUUUUUAUAGACCAUUUUCGCGAUUACUUUAGUACAGUGUGUAAUUUCGUUAACGAAAUAAAGAAGCAUUCCUAAUUAGACUCAUAUACGAUAUACAAAAUUGCCAAAAAGGAAGCACUAUUGUAAUAGAGGAAGUUAUGUGCCUUUAGUCAUCUGCAAUUCGAUUAGUUUACUAACAUGGUGCUAGUACAAUAUUUCUUUUUUAACGUUUGGGUGCAUUUAUUGAACAAUAAUAUAACAAACUUAUUGGUCUGAGCAAGGUGUCAUUUAUUGUAUGGGACGCUCAUUUUGUAUAUACUCUCAUUCACUUUAGAUCUAUAAUUGUUUUUCAAUGUAAUAAUGUAUCAAUUUUUUUAAAAUAAAUUGCUUAAUAGUA